UCUGCAUUUGAUACCAGUAAAAAGGAAAAAGAAAAAAAGAAAAGAAAGUCUUUAAAAAUUUGACAAAAAAUACAUUAAAAUAACAGAUGUACUCUGGUAUAUGUGCAAUGAAUUGAAUUUAAACUUAAAAUAUAUUUCCCCUUUUAAUUAAAGAAAGUGAUGGUUGUCUUCAUGCCUUGGCAACCUAAUUUCACUUUUCCCAACUACAAUUAUUAUUAUUAUUAUUAUUAUUAUUAUUAUUUAUUUUCUGAUUUUCUUUUCUUUUUUCUACCGGACUCCAACCAUUUUCUUAACUAAAAUACAUAAUUUUUCUGCUUUCACUAAUUAAUAAUUAUAACCUACCAAAUUUAAAAUAUAUAUUUUCCGUUUUUCUUUAUUCUAAUUAUUUUUUUCCCUUUAAUAAUCAGAAUUUGGACAAAACUGAGGAAAGUUAGGAACCCAAAUUACUAGCUUUUGACAUCUCAACUCUCACAAAAGAAAUUAAAUUAAAUUUUCUUUUUUUUCUCUUUUUCCCAUCUUUCACCAAACCCAAAAAUUCAAUCUUUUUUUUUCAUUCAUAGCAUUUCUCUUUAAUUUCCAGAAAAAAAUCAAAGUAAUUCUUGCAAAAAUUGUUUCAUAUCUUCUUGCUCAUUAAUUCUUUCCAUGUUUUGCUUUUCAUUCUUAGCUGUUUCCUUCUUUGUGCCCAAACAAAAAUUUUUGAACAGAAAAACAUCAACAGUCCAUGGCUUCUUUUAGUUUGAUCCAAGUUCACUUUUUGUAAGCUCUGGUUAGAAUUGCAGAAGCUCCCUGAACUGUAAAAAGUUGGGUCCUUUUUCCAUUUUCAUUCUCUGGGUUUUGGGUUUUGAACUCUUUCCCAUUCCCUUGAUUUUCUGGGUUAAUCAUUUUCCGACAGAAUCUGCAGUUUUUAGGCUGUUUUUCCUCUCAGAAAAUCAUGGGAUUUUAAAAAAUUUUCCAGAAAACAUUUCUGUUAAUUUUUUGGGGGAAUUUUUAUUAUAAUUAGUAUAAUUUUUUUUAUUCUUGUUUUCAAGUAUGGAAGGGAGGGAAGGUAUGAAUAGCAGUGGAGUUACAGUGGUGGGAUCAGAUGCUCCCUCAGACUACCAUGUGGCUCCAAGGACCACUGAAAACUCACUUCAAGUCAGUAGUGGAUCAACACCAGCUGUAGCUCCUCCAGAGACUGUUACUCCUCCGCCGCCGCCGCCGCCGGCUUCGGUGGCCGGUGCAGCGGCCGACACGGCGGCCACCACCGGGAAGAAGAAGAGAGGAAGGCCCAGGAAGUAUGGCCCAGAUGGGGGAGUCAAUAGUGUGGCACUUUCCCCUAAGCCGAUUUCAUCAUCAGUUCCUCCGCCAGUAAUUGACUUCUCAUCAUCAGAGAAACGUGCAAAAGUCCGUUCAACUGGUGGGACAGUUCACAAACACCAGCAGCCCAGGAUGGAAGUAGAGAGCAUAGGUGAAUGGGUCUCAUGCUCUGUUGGCGCUAAUUUUACCCCGCACAUUAUAACAGUUAACGCUGGAGAGGAUGUCACCAUGAAGGUCAUAUCAUUCUCUCAGCAGGGACCUCGGGCAAUAUGUAUUCUCUCUGCAAAUGGUGUAAUUUCUAGUGUGACACUCCGUCAACCUGAUUCUUCUGGCGGUACAUUGACUUAUGAGGGUCGUUUUGAGAUCCUGUCGCUGACUGGAUCAUUUAUGCCCUCUGAGACUGGAGGUAUAAGGAAUAGGUCUGGUGGUAUGAGUGUCUCCUUAGCAAGCCCUGACGGUCGUGUGGUUGGAGGUGGUGUUGCUGGUCUAUUAGUCGCAGCCAGUCCUGUCCAGAUUGUAGUGGGUAGUUUCCUGGCGGGUAAUCAACAUGAGCAGAAGACCAAGAAACCAAAACCCGACCACAUAAUCACGGCCCCUACAGCUGCUUUUACAGUCUCAACCGGGGAUAGCUUGGAUGACCCUUAUCGCACUUCCUCUGCCUUCCGUGGAGAAAGCUGGUCGUCGUUGCCUCCUGAUUCCAGAAAUAAGCCGGCUGACAUCAACGUAACUCUGCGUGGUUAAUUGCUUCACUCGCCUGCACCCCCAAGGCGAAUACUAAAAGUCAAAGAGUCUGACCAAAUUGGAAUGAUAAAUCUUACAUCUCUUUUGUUUGUAAUCCUAGUGCCGGCAUGUUGAUUUCUAGGCGAGGUUUGUGGAGUAAUAACUUUAAGUAGUUUUUAGUACAUGAGCUCAUGUCAGGCUUUUCGCCCCCCCCCUUUUUUUUUUUCCUUUUCGGUGAUUUUAGUAAUCAUGUUUAGGUGUAAAAUCAUUAUUGUUGACUUUGGAAGUUCAUUCAUCUGAGUAAAUGCCUUGUGAUUUCACUUGUUCGUAGGAUUCUGGGUAUCUUGUCGUCCAUUUCAUCUUCGAUAUUCUGAUUGAUCGGUUCCAUGUCAGACCCACA